CCCUAACACGAUCGACACGGAGAAAAGAAAGAAGCAGGACAGCGUUCUCCGGGAGACGGGAAUGGAAGCCGGGCACAGCCAGAGCGGCCGGGAGGCCGGGCGGCAAGUACUGUCCUUUCCCUUCUUGCUGGCUCUGCUCUGCGGGGCGGUCUCGGCGCAGAUUCGCUAUUCGGUCCCCGAGGAAAUGCCCAAAGGGUCCCUCGUGGGCAAUCUCGCCAAGGACUGGGGACUGAGUGUGGGAGAACUGCCCGAUCGCAGGCUCCGUGUCAUCUCGGAGAAGCAGUACUUCACGGUGAAGGGCGAAAACGGGAACCUGUACGUGAGUGACCGGAUAGACCGGGAGGAAAUCUGCGGGAAGGCCCCGCUCUGCGCUCUCGCUUUCGAAGCCGUGGUGGAAAAUCCACUGAACGUUUUCCACAUCAACGUCGAGAUCCAGGACAUCAACGACAACGCGCCGCGCUUCAUACAAGAUAAAAAUACCCUCGAGAUCAAUGAAUUGACGCUGCCAGGAGCCCGCUUUCUCCUCGGAAAUGCAGAAGACCCGGACGUGGGCUCCAACUCCCUGCAGAGUUACCAGCUCAGCUCCAACGCCAACUUCGUGCUGGAGGUCAGGGAGAGCCAGGACGGGGAAAAGUACGCGGCGCUGGUGCUGCAGAAGCCUCUGGAUCGGGAAAGGCAGCCCGGGCUGCACUUGGUCCUCACGGCAGUGGACGGGGGGCAGCCCGCCAGAACCGGCACGGCUCGCGUCUGGGUCAACGUCACCGACGCCAACGACAACGCGCCCGUCUUCACCCGGGACGUCUACAAGGGGCGCGUGCGGGAGGGCGCCCCCGCGGGCUCCCUCGUGCUCCAGCUGAACGCCUCCGACAGCGACGAGGGCGCCAAUGCGCAUGUCACCUACGGGUUCAGCAAAGUUCCCGGGAAGGUCCGAGAGAAAUUCAGCCUGGAGGCGGAAACGGGGAGGAUCACGGUGAGGGAGCCGCUGGACUUCGAGGAAGCAGCAGCCUACACCUUGGCAGUGGAAGCAAAGGACGGCGGCGGCCUGGUGACCCACUGCAAAGUGGAGAUCGAGGUUGUGGACGAGAACGACAACGCGCCCGAGGUGACCUUCACCUCCGUGUCCAGCCCCGUCCCCGAGGACUCCCAGAGCGGCACCGUGAUCGCACUGAUCCAUGUCAAUGAUCCGGAUUCGGGACAAAACGGAGAAGUGGCCUGCCGCAUUCCGGACAACCUGCCCUUCAAGCUGGUGUCGUCCUCCAAGAACUACUACAAGCUGGUGACCGCCGGCGCCCUGGACAGAGAGCGCAGCCCCGACUACAACGUCACGGUCACGGCCACGGACAAGGGCGCUCCGCCGCUCGCCACCACCCAGACCGUCCGGCUCCAGGUCUCGGACGUCAACGACAACGCGCCGCUCUUCGACGAAGCGUCGUACAGCGCCUACGUGGCGGAGAACAACCCGGCGGGGGCCUCGCUUCUCCGCGUGCGAGCCUCGGACCCCGACCUGGGCCGCAACGGCCGAGUCACCUACUCGCUGGUCAGCCCCGACGGCGGCGGCGACGGCACUUUGCCCUACUCCUACCAGCUGUGUUUGUCCUCCGACGCCGGGAAGGAGGACCUCGGCCUCCUGAAGCCGCAGGUGCCGGCAGCCGGGAGCAUCCUGUGUGGCGCCAGCCCCGGGGUGUUGCCUACGGAGAAUGGCUGUAGCGCCUUCCAAGCCGAGACUGAGACUGCGCGGGAGAAACAAUCGGACAAGAUCAUCUCCAAGCAGCAGCGCUCGGCGGCGGAGAGGCAGUGGAUCCUCCGGAUCGCCAUGGCCAGUUCCGGAGCACAAGGGCUGCGGCGCUGCGCAGGGCGAGCCGUGCUGUGCUGCGUGGUGCUGACCGUGUGCGGGGCCGCUGCGGCCGGGCAGAUUCGCUACUCGAUCCCCGAGGAAAUGCAGAAAGGCUCCUUCGUGGGCAACAUCGCGCAGGACCUGGGGCUGGAGGCCAAGGCGCUGUCUGAGCGCGGCGUGCGCGUGGUCUCCACAGGUAGGACACAGUAUUUCGCUUUGAAUGUAAAGAGCGGCCAUUUAAUCACGGCGGAGCGGCUAGACAGGGAGCAGCUGUGCGGCCAGGCUGAGAAAUGUGCCAUCAAUUUUGAACUCUUUGUUCAGGACCAAGUGAAACUUUUUGAAGUAGAAGUUGAGAUCACGGAUAUCAAUGACCAUGCUCCCAGCUUCCAGGAGCAACAGCUAGAGCUAAAAAUUAAUGAGCUUACAGCUGUUGGCACGCGAAUUUCCCUGCCGGAGGCGCAAGAUCCAGAUGUGGGAGUUAACUCUGUCCAGAGCUACCGGCUGAGCAGCAACGAGCACUUCUCCCUGGACAUGCAAUCUGGCCCCGGGGGUGUUAAAUAUCCGGAACUGGUUCUGGAAACGGCUCUAGACCGGGAGACGCGCGCUGUCCACCAACUAACUCUCACAGCGUCUGACAGGGGGGACCCGGCCAAGUCUGCCACUGCUCAAAUCCGUGUUCUGGUGGUGGACGCCAAUGACAAUGCUCCGCGUUUUGCCCAGCCGGUCUAUAAAGCCAGUGUUUUGGAAAACGUGCGCAGAGGAUCCACGGUCGUUUCAAUAAGCGCCAUUGAUCCGGACGAGGGAAGCAAUUCUGAGGUGAGCUACGCCUUUACAAGAAUUUCAGCGCAGGGCUCCCAGGUGUUCAGCUUGCAUCCUGGGACCGGGGAGAUAACACUCGUAGGAGACCUGGACUAUGAGGAAACUGCAGCGUAUGAAAUGGAAGUUGAGGCGAAGGACAUUGACGACCUCUCGGCCAGGGCCAAAGUACUGGUGACCGUCCUGGAUGUGAAUGAUAAUGUGCCCAGAAUUGAAAUUACUUCACUGUUCAGCCCAGUCCCGGAAGACUCCGCACCCGGAACAGCGAUCGCUCUGCUACACGUGCGGGAUGGAGACACCGGCCUGAACGGGGAGGUCUCGUGCUCCAUCCCGGACCACGUCCCCUUCCGGCUGCAGAAAUCCGUGGACAACUACUACAGCCUGGUGACGGCCAGAGACCUGGACCGGGAGCAGGUGGCGGAUUACAACGUGACGGUCACGGCCCGGGACCGCGGGGCGCCGCCGCUGUGGUCCGCCACGACGAUCGCGGUGCAGGUGUCGGACGUGAACGACAACGCGCCGGCCUUCAGCCAGGCGGCCUACAGCGUGUGGGUGAGCGAGAACAACGCCCGCGGCGCCUCGGUGUUCUGCGCGCGGGCGGCCGACGCGGACUGGGGCGACAACGCCCGGGUGACGUACUGGCUGGCGGAGGGCGAGCUGCAGGGCGCGCCGCUGUCGUCGUGGCUGUCGGUGCAGGCGGAGAGCGGCGCGGUGCAUGCGCUGCGCGCCCUGGACUACGAGCAGGUGCGCGAGAUCCGCUUCGCCGUGGAGGCGCGGGACGGCCGCGCGGCGCAGCUGCUGGGCUCGGCCGGCGGCGCCCUGGCCGGGGUGCCCGUCUCGCACUUCGCGGGCAUCGACGGCGUCCGCGCUUUCCUGCACUCCUACUCCCAGGACGUGUCUCUCACGGCGGGCUCCAGGAAGAGCCAGUGGAGCUUCGGCCCGCCCAGCUCUGCCGGCACCCUGCCUCGGCCGCCGGCGGGACAGGGCAAGGAGCCUGCCCCGGUGGAUAAGGAUUCAAAGGUGUGUGAGGCGGACCAGGCUGCGCUGCAGACAACUGUGGAAGAAAAAGAGAAAUUACAGUGGCGUGAGAAAGAAAUGAGAACACGGUUCUGCAAAAAGUUGUAG